AUGGCAUCGCGUACUGGGCGUGGGGCUCCACGGCGAUCGCCAAGGAUCAGUGGAAGAUCAGAGACGCCUGAAACUCGCCUCGCCGAGAGAGCAUCAACUCCAGGCCGCAGAGCGCUCUCACCCGACCUAAUAGAGCAGAUGACACCUCCCGCAGCCUCCUUCCGCUCUCGACGACCUCUCAAUAGUCUCCAGAAAGCUCUAGCAGCUGCUUCGACAAGCGUCAGCAUCAAACAAGAGGGCGAAAACUCCACUAGCUUCUACGUUCGCGAACCCUCCCAACAAUCCCGCUUGACUAGCCCUCCACAGUACCAGCCCACGAUUCUUCGCGGCGAUCAGCGAGGGUUCAAUGACACCUCGCACAGCGCCUCGCUCUCGAUCUUUUCCAGCGAGAGUGACCUCACCGACAGCUAUCAGCAAGAGGAACGAGAGGUCGCACAGCUCCAGAACAACGAGCAGCAACAGCAAGCACACCAGCAAGCGCAGCAGCAGAGAACGACUGCUCAGGGGCCAGGUGCUGGCACACGCAGAGUCUCUGGUCAGCGCAGACCUCGCACAUCCCUCGACGACCGUCCGUAUAGACCAAGUGAUGAUGAAGAUGAUGAUGACAUUGGCUCGCCGACCAGGAGAAGAAGGAGAGCAAGAAACUCAAACUCGAACUCGCUCGGCGCUUAUGAGCUCGGCAGGGUUGAUAACGCAACUUGGAUGGCUGGCCAGUCUAAGCGACGUGGGAAGAAGAGAGCCAACGGCGCACAGCGGGCGAGUGAGGAGGGCGAUGGAGGCGAUAAUACGCUAGAUCACGGCAAAGAAGAUGCAGGAGCUGUAAGCGGCAAAGAGACCCGUUUUGACAGCGCUUCUGACUCGGACGCUGUCGGUGAUGAUGAUGACGAUGGAAUCCAGCAGUCCAUCAGCGACAAGUCUUCGUCACAAGCACAAAAGCCUAAGGGACCGUCACACAUCGCUCGGCUUCUAAGAGGGGUCGUGUCGCUCGCCGCUUCUGUCAUCGCCUGGCUGUUCACAUUUGUUGCGAAGCUGCCUGGACGGUUGUGGUCGUCGGCCGGGCGAAACGCCUCCGCUUCACUGCUUCAAGGUGCGCUUACUGCACUCGGUGGGCUGAUGUUUGUCUCUGCCAUGCUUUACGUCUUCCCGGGCCUCCGUGGAAGCGAUGGCUUCACAGGUCUUGGAGGACUGUCAGGACGUCUACCCUCAUACCCAUACUCAUCAUCCGAUGACGUGCCUGGCAAUCCAUCCAAUGCACUUGCCGCCUCACUAGAUCGAGAGAACCAGCGGCUGCGAGCCGAGCUCAACCGUCUCACCUCUCGCCUCGACACUCUAUCGUCAUCCAUCGAUUCCCAGAUCUCAUCCUCCAUCUCUUCGGCUGCAGCCAAGAUCCAAGCCGACGCAGACUCCCGUCAAUCCAGCGAAAUCUCGCGCCUCACCGCCUCCACCAAACGCACCGUCUCUCGUCUCGCACAAGAAGAGCUCAAGUCCAUUCAGGAUACCGUCUCAGCAUCCGUCGAAAGCAUGCUCCGGGAUGUCGACAAACGAGUGAGCUCUCAGCUGAAACAACGUGCCGAUGAUACGGAUAGCAAAUUCUUCGAUCGGCUCGAGAAGGAAGUAGCCCGCAUCACACGAUAUGCCAACGAUGAAGUGAAUGCGAGGUUGGGUCAAGCGUUCGAUCAGACCUUUUUGUCUGAACUGAUUGAUGAUAAGUUGGAAAAGUAUGCGAGGGAUAGGACGGGUAAGGUUGAUUGGGCGGCUGUGACGAGUGGUGCUUGGGUGGCGGAGGAGGGGACUGUGCAUAGAGGGUAUAGAUUUAAUAGUAUCUGGAAUGUGGGCAAGUUUUUAGCGCAAGGAAGGAAAGUUCCGAUUGGUGAUCCAGUGAAGGCGAUUACUCCUGGUGCUGGGUUGGGUGAAGAAUGUUGGAUGACAGGAUGGAAUUCCUUGUUGCAGGUGAAUCUAGCGGAGCCCAAAGUGGUGGAGGAGUUGAUGGUUGAACAUCCUUUGCCGGGGAUGACUAGGACUGCACCCAGACGAAUUAUGGCUUGGGGUCUAGUGGACGAGUCUGAUCGACAAUACUACCAGCAAUACCGUCGUUCAAAAGCAAAGUCUCAAGAGGAGUACCUCAAGUCUCUUCUCCCAGAACCAUUCUAUAACGCUGUUCCGCAGGAGUACAAAGAACAAGCACCUCUGCUGUUGGCCGCCUUCGAGUUCAAAGCAAACGGUUCGACAUUGCAAACUUUCAAUCUGACGGAAGAAGCACAGACGUAUCCAUACGGGGUAGGGGCGGUUAGGUGGCAAUUUGUCGAUGGUUGGGCAAAUAAUCCCCCCAUCUGUGUGCACAGGGUUAGGGUUCAUGGUGGUGAAUGGCCUGUUUUUGCUGAUAGACAGCUUGAUUCGAUGUGA